ACCGGCUAGGUUGAAAUCUGACACUGACAGAGACUCCCUGGGAACUGCUGUUGAAAGCUAAACCAGGAACCAGGAAAUCCACAACCCUCUAUGUAGAAAAACAGCUGGGCUCCCUCCGAGACAGAGCACCAUGGGAAACCAGCUCUGCUGCCGGGGAUGCUGGAACUGCCCAUCAAUUGCCCAGAGGAAAAAGAAAACAGGAAGCCAAGCAAGACAGACACUGAAGCAGCAACAGCAGCAGCAGCAGCAGCAGCAGCAGCAGCAGCACAGGCACAAGCACAGUGCAAAGGUCCAUAACACAAGAGGACAUACGUAUGAGCAGGUGUUAGAGAAGCCCAGAUCUCAGGAGAAGAGUCCAGGCCUCAGGUCCAAGGAGAGCAGCUUACAUUAUGCAGACAUUCAAGUGUGCAGCUGUACCCAGCCUCGCUCUGCUCGGCAGGUGAAACACCUCCAGUCAGAAAAUGCAACGGAGUACGCAAUCCUCCGCUUCCCACAGGCCACACCCCGCUAUGACAGCAAGAAUGGGACCCUGGUGUGAGCCCUGGGGAGGACGCACCUGUUUCCAUCAUUUUACCACUACUCCCUUAGGGGAGAAUCUGCCUUGGGGAAUUGGUUGGCAGCCCAGAGAUGCCUGCCACGUUUUAAAGAACUCCAGAGCCCCAUGAAUGCCACCAGUCUUGCCCCCUCCCCUAGGCCUAUCUUUUAUUUGCCACCGUUAGCUUGGAGUUGUAUUUGGGUUAGCUAGGUGUGGCUGGAGCUCCACAAAAUGAGGGGGCUAGGAUGAGCCUGAAGGAAGUGUUUUGACCUCUACCUUUGCUCCUGCUUUCAAGAAAAGUGCUGACAGGCCAGGUUACCCCAGCACUUGAGCUGAUUUUGUUGGGCUUAAUUUAACGGUGUCUCUUUUACACACCUUAUACUCCAAAGCUUAAGAAGAAGAGGUGCUCUGGAAAAACAUUCUCAGUUCUUGUACACAGCCCCCCCCCCCCCCCCAGAGCUGGCUUGGGCAAUUCCUUCGGUGGUGGGGUCAAAGGUCCCAGAACCUAAACAGACAAACGAGGGCAGGGACUGAGGCGUGGAGGAAGCGAUCUCUGACCAUCGGUGACAAGGACUUCAAGUCAUUUGACAGAACUGCAUGACCUGGAAACUCCCCUUGGCUUGCAGGUGCAGAGCCGCUAGGAUCAAUAAAUCACAAAAGGAA